AUGGCCCGAGUAGCAGUUUUAGGUGGAUCAAAAGGAUGCGCUCGUGCGAUGGUUGUUCAGAGCCUCAGUAACAAUGCCAACCAUGAAUUCAAAUUACUUAUCAGAAACCCAAACAAGCUAGAAGAGUCUUACACCAAAGAGCAACUAUCAAAAGUUACUAUAAUUGAAGGCGAUGCUCUUGACGUGGUUGCUGUCAAAGAAACCAUUCGUAAUACAGAUGUGGUUAUUUUUUCUGUCGGUAGUGGUAUGGACAUCAUGAAGAGAAAGAUGCUCCAACCAGGCCUAUGCAAAGAUGCUAUGACUGUUUUGCUAGAAGCUAUGAGUCAGCUUUCAAACGAUGAUGUUGACAGUCGUCCUAAACAUCUUGUGGCUGUUUCAACUACAGGUUUAGAUGGCAUGAAGGAAGUACCUUUCUUGUUACAGCCCUUGUACAAAUUUCUCCUCCACGAGCCUCAUCAGGAUAAAUUGGCAAUGGAAAGAUUAAUUGAAAAUAAUGAGAUUCAAGGCUUAAAUUGGAUCAUUGUAAGACCCAGUUUGCUCACAGACGGUCAAGUGACAGGCAAGUAUAGGGCGAACGUUGGUAUCUCAGGUUACACAAUUUCAAGAGACGAUGUUGGCCAUUUCUUAUGGAAUCAAUGCGUUCUAGCGGAGGUUUGGAACAAUAAAAAAGUAGUAGUUACUUACUAG